UGCGGGAUCCGAUAUUAUUUUGGAAUUUUAGCAUCGUAUUUAUUUGUAAAACUUUAAUAAAACUCAGUCAAAAGUUUUAUGGAUUGAAUCAUUGGCUUAAUGCUCUUAUCAGUUAGAGCCAUAGAAUUAGAACGUAUAUAUAUUUUGAUAUCGUUGGUUAGAGCAUUUAGAAGUCAACCAUUUUCAAAAUUAUGGAAGGUUUUUGUAGGGCCUGCUUGGUAAAGUUUGAUGAUUCCUCCUUACUCCAAUAUAGUGAGAAAAAUCGAAGAUUAUUUGUUUACUCAACGGGAUUACAGGUUAAAAGAAACGACAAUAUUACCUUUCAAAUCUGCAAAGAAUGUUACAGCUGCAUGAAAAUAGCAUGUACUUUUAAGAAGAACAGCCGAAAUUCUGAUAAAAAGUUGAAAAGCUAUUUUGCUAUUAAAGAAGAUGGAGACUCCGUUGACUUGUGCACUUAUUUGAAAAAUAAUGAUGACUCAUUGAAGUUUAGGCUUCCACUGAUGAUAGGCAGCAGCACACCAGCUAACGCAAGGAAGGAUGAUGAUAAUGAAUCAACAUGUACAAGUAUACAGAACUUUAUGACGGAUAUUUUGCCACCUGAGGAAAUACCAGAUAAUGAGGCAAAAAUAAUCUUAGAGGUUAUUGAGGAAGAAGCUGACAUAUUAGAUGAUUCCUUGGACUCGUGCUGGUUGCAGGAUGAUGCGUCAAUAAACACAGAUUCUAUACCAUUCAAUUUUAGUUUCAGCCCAUUUGCGACACCUCGCUUGGCGAAUUCAGACCACUGUUACACACCGAGAAAAGAUGCCGAUCAGAAGAAUCAAAAUAAAUACACCAACUUUAAAAGCGUAGAAAAGUUUCUGGAUAGCCACUACGGAGUCAAAGACAUUUCAUUGCAAAAGCUACUUGAGUCAAGUUUAAGCCCACUCAAAGAUCUGAGUCUUGAUAAGUCUAAAGAGAAUUUUGAAGAUAAUGAACCUAUGGGAGAUACUGAUGAAUUUAAAGAAGAUAAAAAAGAAGCUAGCGAUAGGGACUCUAUUGACAAGAAUUUAGAGAGUGCACUGAGAAAAGACACUGAAAGUUAUCCAUUGGACCUAAUCCUUACUCCAACAGUCAGAGGUGAUAUUUCUCCACCAUCGACCCCACUCAUAUCAAAUAUAUUGUUCGGAGACAAGCUAGAAGAUGACGCAGCCGAAAAUAACCAACACAAACUGAGUCACGAUAUAUUAGAUGAGUUUCUUAACAAUAAUGUUAAAGAAGAUAUGAUAGAUAUCAAAGAUUUUUUUGUCGAUCAUAAUACACAGGAGUUCACUGUUAAAGAUAAUGUAAAAAAUAUAAAACAAUUGCAAGUUAAUAUACCAAUAAACGAAGAAAGAAUUGUAAGAAACACGGUGAAAUCAGGAAAGAAAUGUAUCAAAAUAAGCAAAAACAUAGAACCAAAUAAAGAAAACAAGAAAUGUGAUAUACAAAACUUUAAUAUCACAAACUUCUACUGCAAAAUGUGUAAGAAACAGUUUGAGCAUUUGAAAGGAUUGAAAAUACACAGUAAAAAAUAUCACGGCACUAAAAUUUUUACUGCACCGAAGAAGAUAAAACGCAAAGAAUAUGUAUGUGAUUACUGCGGAAAAUACUUUGUAUCUCCGCGAUGUAUUGUUAAACAUUUACAAAAACACACUGAGCCUGAAUUUUAUACUUGCGAAUACUGCCCUCUGAAUCGAUUUACAAGUAAACAUUCUUUGGAAAAUCACACAGCAACACAUACUGGCAUCAAACCACAAAAAGCUGUCCGCUCGGUAUGUACUAUAACGAAAUACGUGUGUACGACGUGCGGCAAACACUUCGCUAGUUCUUCCAACUACCGGCUACACGAGCGGCGGCACGCGCGCGCCUACACGCACCACUGUGACCUGUGCGGCGCCGGCUUCGUGCGGACGUCCGACCUCACGUGUCACAUGAGAAAACACACGGGAGAGAAGCCACAUCAUUGCACCAUUUGCUUGAAGCGGUACUCGCGGUCGGAUGCCUUGAACAAGCAUAUCAAAAGUCAUACAGGAGAAAAGCCGUUUGAAUGCGAAUACUGCCAUAAAAAAUAUGUGACGAUAACUAACUAUAAGGGCCAUGUGAAGCAAUGCAUGAAAAAAGAUACAAAUACAAGAGGAAGUAUCAUACAAAAUAAUGAAGAAACAAAUAACUAUCAAGAUCAUAUCAUAAGUAGCAUAUUCUUAGAAGAAAAUAACUUAAUAAACUGAAUAUAGUCCAACA